AUGGGUUUUUUGCGCAUGUUAUUUACAUAUUUGAUGCAUAAUGAAAAAUUAAUCGAGAAAUUAGCAAAUACAAAGCCAAUUAGGCAGUCUGCACGAUUUGUAGCAUAUUUAAUACUUCAGAGUAAAACACAUGGUAUUCAUUUAUCUUUUGAUCGUGAAAAAUUUGUUAGGCAAUUAAGGCUGUUUACAAAUACAUUUAAACAAAAAUUGCAAGAAGCUAAAGAUGAAAUGAAGAAGAAUCCACCAAAGUAGUCCUUGUAUAUAUUUAAGGUAUAGUGACAAAAAUCAGAAGACGAAGGAAGUUUCAUUAGACUUUGUAAAAAUGAUAUAGCUAUAGUUUAUUAUUCUAGACUUGAUUUAGUUACAAAAAAUUACAUUUGUAACAAUUGCCUUAUAAAAAGGUAAUAAAAAAUAUGAACAUUUAA